AUGGAAGGAAAAUACAAAUCCCUCGAAAUCAAGCAAAAAUCCCCAAACUCACGAAUUUUCUACGUCUAUUUCAAUCGCCCCUCGCGUGGCAACGCCCUCUCACUUGACUUCUUCCUCGAGUUCCCGAAAGCUCUGUCCUCUCUCGACCAAAAUCCUAACGUCGCCGUCAUCAUUCUCGCUGGCGCAGGUCCCCACUUUUGCUCCGGCAUCGACCUCCAAACUGUUAACUCCAUGUCCAAUGAUACCGUCUCCAACGACGCCGGACGCACUGGAGAGAAGCUCCGGCGGGAGAUAAAGGUCAUGCAACGCUCAAUUACGGCGAUUGAGGACUGCAGAAAGCCGGUUAUCGCUAUUGUUCAUGGGGGGUGCAUUGGAGGAGGGGUUGAUAUAGUUACGGCGUGUGAUAUAAGGUAUUGCACCGAGAAUUCCUUUUUUUCUGUUAAAGAAGUGGACUUGGCGAUCACGGCUGAUCUCGGGUCGCUCCAGAGGCUUCCGUCUAUUGUUGGGUUCGGGAACGCAAUGGAGUUGUCUUUGACGGCUCGGAGGUUUUCGGGUUUAGAGGCCAAGCAGUUGGGUUUGGUAACUCAGGUUUUCGAUUCCAAGGAAGCUAUGGAGGAUGGAGUUUCGGCAAUUGCUGAGGGAAUUGCUGCGAAGUCUCCCCUUGCUGUCAUUGGUACAAAGAGGGUGUUGAUACAUAGUAGGGAUUUGACAGUGGAUCAAGGUCUGGAUUAUGUCGCCACAUGGAACUCGGGUGUCCUUCUAUCUGAUGAUCUAAACGAAGCAAUAUCAGCUCAGGGCCAGAAGAAAAAACCUGUAUUUGCCAAGCUAUAG